AUGCAGCCAUGGGCGCUCGUAACGCCCGCAUCACGCGGCAUCGGUCUUGAAUUUGCAAGGCGCCUAUUGCAAACGACCAACAUUCCGAUUGUAGCAACAGCACGCAAAGAUGUGGAUCAGACGGCGGAGAACAUACUUUCCGGUCUCGACAAUGUCGUAGAAGAGAGGCUCAAGAUGUAUAAGCUGGACGUGUUGGACGAACAAUCCAUCCACGAUGCAGCCGACCAGGCCGCCAAUGACUUCCCGAAGAAGACCUCAUACCUGCAUCUUGCGCUCUGUCUGCCCGGAAUACUCCAUCCAGAGAAGUCACCAACCCAGAUAGACUACGACAACGCCCUCGUGACCUUCCGCACCAACACUCUCGGACCAAUGAUGUUGAUGAAACACUUCUCACCUUAUUUGCCACGCAAAGGCACCCCAUUAGACCCAUCAGAUGGUCUCCCGAAGCAAGCAGUCUGGGCAACAAUGUCCGCCCGUGUCGGCAGUAUUACAGACAACGGCCUAGGAGGGUGGUACAGCUAUCGUGCCUCCAAGGCUGGAGUAAACCAGUUGGCCAAGACCUUCGAUAACCACUUGCGGACAUCAGCGGGAGAGAAAGCAAUGAGCAUCGCUUUGCAUCCUGGGACGGUCAAGACAGGACUGAGUAAAGAGUUCUGGGGAGGCGUCAAGGAAGAGAAAUUGUUCACGCCUGAGUUCUCGGUGGAGAAGCUGAUGGAGGUCAUCUGUAGUCGUGGGCAAGAAGAUAGAGGAAAGUGUUGGGACUGGAAGGGUGAGGAGAUAUCGCCGUAG